GGAAGGAGGUAGUCUUGACAAAAGUAAUCUAUGCCCACGGGCAGCAGAGGAGAUAUCUCCUACCACUGGAAGAGAUGAGCUGGGUCAGCUGGGCGGAGAUGGGAUUUUUUGUAGGUUCGAAGAAAGCUGCAGGACCGCUGUUUAACAUUGAGAAACAUCCAUGGCAAAGCUGGGAAAGUGAAAGGAAGAAAGCACAGUUUACAGUCCCAGAUACCAAGAUGAGUUGUUUCACUUUCUUGAAGGUCAUGAUGGUUUUAUUUAAUCUAGCCAUAGUGAUUGGUGGAGGCGUACUACUGGGCAUUGGAAUCUGGGUCAGUGUUGACAGUAGUUCCUUCCUCAACAUGUUUGGCCCGCUAUCCUCCAGCGUCUUACAGUUUGUGAAUGUGGGCUACCUGCUCAUAGCCAUUGGAGCUGUCCUGUUUCUGUUGGGCUUCUUGGGAUGCUGUGGAGCUCAGAAAGAGAGCAAGUGCCUUCUGAUGACGUUCUUCUCAAUUGUCCUGAUAAUAUUCAUUGUUGAAGUUGCUGCUGCAGUGGUGGCUUUGGUCUACACAUCACUUGCAGAGACUAUAUUGCAAGGAACAGUGACACAGCUAUUGAAAAACGAAUAUGGAAAAAGCGCGGACAUUACUACUGUAUGGAAUGCCACAAUGAAAGAUCUGAAGUGCUGUGGUCUAUCAAAUUACACAGACUUUGAUAAUUCCUACUACAUGUCCCAGAAACAUGAAUACCCAUCAUACUGCUGUGAAAAGGACCCCUGUAAUGAAGCUGAAGCCGAGAAAAGCAGUGUGCCGGGCUGUUUCCCCCAGUUGUUAUCUGAAAUACGUAAGAAUGCUGGUGUUGUGGGUGGAGUAGCAGCUGGGAUCUGUGCACUGGAGAUUGCAGCAAUGGCCGUGGCAAUGUACAUCUACUGUCGCUUAGAUGAGAAAUGACUGGGUUAGAGUGCUAUGAGGCUAUCUUGCCAGGAGGCAAGAGGAUGCCAUUCAUAGCAACCUUUCCUUAACCUGUGUCCACAACAAAUUGAACAUUUCUUGGGCACAAAGUGUGUCACAUGAUUUAACUGUACCAAACUGGAAUCUCUAGUGUGUACAAAAAUGAAGGGAAAGUGAUUUGAUAGGAAUUGUUUUGUAAUGUGAAGGGUUCUUAUGUCCAAAGCCAAGAAGAUUGACUCAAAGACUGAAAAACAGAAAAACUGACAGCAUUUCUGCUUUUAAAAACAGUGACCCUUGCCACUUUAAAAAUUGAGGGAUUUUCCCUGCUGGCUUUGAUACUUUUCAUCCAGAGAGACGUACGAGACCUCCCUAGGAGGGUAAACAGUCCAAAAUGCUGCUCAAAGCUUUUGAAAGGCUAUGGCAAAAUAAUCCUGUCUCCAUGCGGUAUAGAAGGGAAUCAGCACCACCUUUCCACCUAAUACAAAUGCUGGAAAAACACAGAAGAUAAGCAAAGAUCACAAGCUUUUGUUUGCUCCUGGGAUUGGUGCAUAGCUGUAAAGAGUCACUGCAUGGCAAAUCCCAUUCUGCUAGUCAGUAUGUAUAGUAACAUAUUCCCCUAUUUCUUUCCCCACCCUCCAAUGCUCCUUUUGACUCGCCAGAGUCUGUACGGGUGUCUGGUUGAGCUGGCUCUAUUGGAACAGAACCCCUUUUAUUAUGGAUUGUAUUGUAUGUUGGCCCAGACUUCUAUUUUUUUUUACUCUUUGAGGUUGCAAUUUUACUAUCAAAUCAUUGUUUGCACAAUCUUAUCUAUUACAAUAAAAGCUACUUUUAAUUAUA